AUGUCUGUACAAUGGCUACGCUCAGCAAGCUCGACCGUCUCGCGUCUUCUCUUCCGGAGGCAAACUGCCCACCUUUUUGCCUUCCUGACGGCAAUUCCCAGCGGCAUCUCUACUUCUCCGCCUAUUCCCUGCCUCAGUAAUUCGUCCCUAUUGACGCUAGAAGACGUCGUGACUUGCUUCGACAAAUUCACUGUUUCGUUUGAAUUCUACAAUCAAUCCUCAUACGAUACAGCACAACCGACGCCUUUCGAGUUGACCGCGUGGACCGACACCAUUGCAGCCCUUCUCGAUGUCGAUGGGAACUGCACUUCCGUCUCCGUUCCCAGCGUCCUUCAGGAUGUGUACUCCGUGACGUUGUACGAAGAAACUGCUUCAGAUUCGACGCAGUCGUUCUGCAUCCUGUCCGAAACCAACUUUGACCCCGCAUCGGGAUUCUACAUACGGGGCUGGGGUCUCUUUGCCGUACCAGCCUCUCGUCCUCAGCCAGCGCGCAGCCUCCAUUUUUCUGCGCCGCAUCCCGUGUUCGACAUGAAUACCCCGAUGCAAGCCUCGGCUUUGUUCAAGCGCACGGGCGCGAAGAGCUUGCUGAUCGCCGGGCGCAUACGAACAGCGUUCAGAGAACCCACAUUGUGCAUCCAAACCGACCCGGAGGGCGGUCCGUAUUUUAAGACGGAUCCUGCGCACGAUACGAACGAACCUUUCUUUGGUGCGGCGAAAACUGUCCAUGUGUGGCAAGAGGAUCAUGGUGGUUGCCAAGCGGCAUCGUGCGCGUUUGUCCAGAUGCACGGCAAGGCUGCGAGUACGUGUUCGGAGGAUACGGCCUUCAUGUCCACCGGUUUAGGUCGGUCGGAAUCGUCCCUUGCGUGGUAUACUUCACCUGCCGACGCGCCUAUCAAGAGGUUGCAGAGGGAGGCGUUGCAGGUUUUCACGACGUGGAAUAUAUCGCUUCCUUCGGAUAGCUCUUGCGGUUUGACCGCGACGACGAAUGUGUUUGGGAGACUACUGAACGGGAUAGCCGAGGAAGACGUUUGCGUCCGUGACGCCGAUGCUACGACGGUAUCCGGGCAGUUCAUCCACAUUGAGCAGAGCAUAAUGGCGAGGUCUUCCGAGUUUUAUGAUGCUUGGGCAGAGGCGUUCAAUCGUGCGUUCAUGCAAUGA